AGUAGAUAUGAACUAAAAUAUUUUAUUUUCUUCCAUGUUAAUUCUGAUGUAAUGUAAAUAACAUCGAGAAAUAGAGAUAAUUAUUUUGAUUUAAGCGUGGCGAAAAUAUACAGAGAAAGAAAGUAUUGGAUAAUAUCCAAAUAUAAUAAAUAACUAAUUGGCAAUUUAGUUAGCUUUAAGCGAACAAUAAUGAUGAGGAAUUUAUCAAAAGUAUUACUGUAGUUCUUUGGAUUACGAACUCUUUAUUACAACCUCAACCAUGGAACAGAGUAUAGAUAUUGUGGAACACAUUUCGAAACUAUUGGAUGCAGGAAAGUAUAAAGAGUCUAUUAAUGUAUCUAGUGAACAAAAUUAUGAAGGUACUUUUAAAGAUAACUGUUGGGAUUUGAUAUCAGUUGUCAUAGGAAAAAUACAAGAUGAAACUAUUGUAAUUAAGCCAUCUUUAUAUGGUGCUUGCGAGGAGCUGUUGACUAUUAUUAUACAGAAGGUUUUACCAGAAGAAGGUCUCUUAGAGUUUAUUGAACAAAUUGAAUUGGCUAAGAAUGAUGCACAACUUAGUAUUAUAUUGACACCAUUGCAACAACUUUUACAUAAAGUAACAACGAAAAAAGAAAGAUUCUUAGAAUGGUGUUUCAAUUCUAUAUUCACUUAUAUUAAAAAUAUACCAACUCCUGAGUACCAAUUAGAUGCUAAAGAGCGUUUGUUAUUGGAUUCUGAGCCUAAUGUUAGGCGAAUUAUUAAAGUUUAUGCAAUGUUGCCUUCAUUUUAUAGUACAUUCAAAUCAGAGCUAUCAACACAGCCCAAUGUAAGAACAAAACAAAUAAUGAAUGCUUUUCUUAUAAGUCUCCUUGGGAAACCUCUAAUCUUUGUUGACAUGGAUCCUGAAUCAAGUGCUAAAAGUGAAGCAUGGGAAUGCUGUAAUAUAAUUAUGCAAGAUAUUUGUAUUCUCGAAAAUAAUAUAUUAAAAUUUUUGGACUAUUUGGAAAUUUGUUACAAGGCAAAGCAAAAGUCAAAAUCAAAAAAUGAAGAUAAUGAAGAAGGAAUGUGUCCUUAUGACCACAGAGACAAACUGAAUAUUACCACUCUCUCGGGAUUGUAUUAUGCUGCAUUUUCAGGGCAUUUUAUACUGCCUGAAAAUUCAAUACCUUAUGUUUAUAGUACUGAGUAUGUUGUCAACACUCUACUUUUAUCAGUUGUUCAUUUAUUAGACUUUACUGAGUAUGGACCCCUAUCUAAAGGACUUGUCUUAUGUGAAGCAAUUUUGAAGCGACUUGCUGGAAAUGUAUCACACACUCUAUUGGCUUCAACCAUACAUUUUGAUUUGUGUAAAACAUUGUCAAAUGUUGCUAUUUAUUCAACUUAUCAGUCAAUUCGUAAAAAUGCACUAAACUUGUUAGGGUGCCAUAUUAAUAAGUAUGAUUAUAAAGGAAGGUGUAUGUUAAUUAAAUAUUUAAUAGGUGUUGCAAACCACUCGGGUAUGAUUGGUUAUGCCAUAACAUUAUAUAAGAAUUCUAUCGAUGAAGCAUUUAAAGAUCCUGUUUUACCUGAAUGUUUUACUGGAACCCACCUCUUGCAUAUGAUUAAAAGGAUUUGUUUCUUGCCAUAUGGUGAAGAGUCAGAUUUAGUUGAAUUAGCAGAUCAAAUUAUAUCUUCACUAAACCUUUUGAGAUAUUUGGUUUUAAAAGAUACUAAAAAUGUUACUGGAAUUCAGGAUUGUUUCUCUACAAUUCAAUCAGACUACUUAAAUAAAUUAAGAACUGGGCUAAAUAUGUCUAAAGCUCACUAUGAAGUAAAAUUAAAAGAUAUAGAAGAAGAAAAAAACCUAUUAGAAGAUUCAGCUAAUGUCACAAUCAAUGUCGGAGGAAAUAUGUUGGAUAAAAUUCCAACAGAAAACAAAAAAGAAAUAAUACACUCAGCACUCAAUGCUUUUCAUCUGAUUGAGGGUCUCAUAGCUCGCUUGUCUGAAUGUAUUAACACAUAUAAACAAAAUCCAGAUCUAAUGUGAUUAUUUUUAUAUUUUGCAAUAAAUAUAUUCAUUCAAUUUUAACUUCUUUCAUUUAUAGCAAUAAUAAUAACUUUAGAAAAUUAUUCCAAGGUUCCUAUUAAUGUGGACAAAUAAGAUUCUCACAGAAUU